CCCCAAUCUCUCAAAUCUUAGUAGAAAUUCUACAGAUUUGUACUGGGAUUUUGAGAUUUUGAUAGGAAGAGGAAGGGUUAAGGCAGUGAGGGGUUAGACUAAGGGAGAGGUCAGGGGAGGAGGUGGGAUAGGGGAAGUUAGUGGGUUGUUGAAUGGGUUGAAGGAGGAACUGGAGAUGGGGUAUAGAGAGGAUGAAGAGGGGUUUAGGAGUGAGUUGAAGGAGUUUGAGUUAAGGAAAGCUUGGCUAGAUGAAUGAUAUGAUGAUUUUAGGAGGAUUGUUGAGAGGAAGGAUAUUGCUCUUGAAAUGUUUGAUCUUGUCAAUGCGUAUAAUGUAAAGAAAGAUCUAAUUAACCUUGCUGAGAAAUUACAAAAAGAUCAAAUCUCCAUUGAGAUCACCACAAUUGCCAAAAUCAUCACUCAAUACUCUCAAGCACCCCAAAUCUCAUCUACCCAAAAACACUCUCGCGAAAUCCUCCAUACGAAAUGUCUUGAACUCCAAAAACUCAAGUCUGAACACUCUUUUUACAAGCUCUUAAUCGUUCCCUCUCUUCUAUUGGUGCUCUUGCUAGUAUCUGUGGGAUGUUUUUAUCCCUUUGGGACAUCAUUAGGGUCAUUAGAUAGAGAGGAGGAUUGGAAAAGAUGUCAAGAUAAAAUGCAGAACAACAACACAAUACUCAAGCAAGUAACAAAAGAGGAUUUCCAUGAGUCCAAUGCAAAUGAAACUACAUUUGAUCAUUUCAAAGAAGUUAUUGAUGAAAAAUUUGACAAAAUGUUCCAAAUUAUUCGAAACGAAUCAAAGCUUAAAAAUGAAGACGAUCUAGAAAUAGCUAGGAUGAUAGAUAAUUCAUUAACAGAUAAAUUAGGAAGAGAUCCAUCAAAACUCCAGAUUGAGAUCCUGAAUGAAGCAAGAAGUUUGAGCAAAAUACUCAAGAAAGACUCUAAUAAAAUGCUAAAACAAACCUUAGAUAGAAUACAAGAACAAACCUCGUAUCAACAGCUAAAACAAAUUUUUGAAAGCCUACUCUCACAAACUACUUCCCAAAUCCAAACCACUGUUAAAUCAAAUAAUUCAAAACUCCAAAAAACUCUCCAACACUUAGAAAACCUACCCAAAACAACCUACACUUCAGAAUUUUCUAAACUGACACAACGCACAAACCAAAUACUAAAUCUGCUCAAAAAGACCAGCACUCAUACCCAACACUCUUAUCCCGACACACCCAGUCCCUUCUUUAACUGGCUUGGAGAGUCACUCCAGGCUGUGUUUUCAUUUAUUGGUUCUUGUAUUUCAGGCGUGUUCGAGUUCAUCAGAUUUCUGACCACAGAAGUGAUUUGGACUCCAUUUGGAUGCUUUGUGGGUGUAGUUCUGAUAUUCUAUGUAUUUAUGCGGACCUGUUGUAGUGCACAAAAGGUGUGUAGAUGUAUUAAAGUCUGAUUAGGUUUGAUGUUUAUAAUAUUCUGAUUAUUAGUAGCGGGAGUUAUAAUUGAAGAUUAUACAAAGGAGGGGCACAAGGCUUAUUUAAAGGAGGUGGUGAGGAUAAUUGAUUUAGACAAAGAAUUUUAGAGAAAAUAAGGUAAAAAGAAUUGAGAGGUUCAAUACUUCCCUCCAGGUCCUCCCAUACUCCAUAAUUCUGGCUAAGUCUUUACCAAAUUGUCUACACAGAACAAAUGUUUUU